GCUGUUACUAGUUGGUUGUAUUUAUGUGUUCCCUAAGUCCUGUGGCUAUAAGCUGCGGAGUUUGUUUGACACAAGGUAAGUCCGCCAUACACCUGGCUUGCUGGAAAACGCAUUUACAUGACAGCUGCACACGGACAGACAGAUUGCUGUUUGUGUUAGCCCUCCUGCCUGUCUGAUCAUCUCCCUUCUCCCUGUGAUCUUGGCGCAUAGUGACCAUUUUCAGUCAGGUCAAGGUCACUCGUUCAUGUUCGCGUCCAACGUAACUUCCGGUAUGUCAAGGAAGGUCAUCCUUGGCGUGCUGAGCGUGGAGCAAGAUGAGGGCGUGGGAGCGCGUGUACGGAGAAGCGUCGGAAGGAGCGAGCUUCGGAACCUUGACCCCUUCCUGAUGCUGGACGAGUUCAAAGUUGGCGCCCCUGCCGGUUUUCCAGAUCACCCCCACCGAGGCUUUGAGACGGUGACAUAUAUGUUGUCUGGCUCCUUCCGCCAUGAAGAUUUCUGUGGUCACAAGGGCACCAUCAACGCUGGGGAUCUGCAGUGGAUGACGGCGGGCCGGGGUGUUGUGCACUGUGAGAUGCCACACGGGGAACAUGAAGGUCACGGACUGCAGCUGUGGGUCAAUCUUGCCGCCAAGGACAAAAUGGUGGAACCUGCAUACCAAGAACUCCUGGACAAGGACAUCCCAAGGUCAACCACAGAUGGGGUCACGGUCAAGGUCAUCGCCGGAGAAUCUUACAACGGUAUAAAGUCACCGGUGUACACCCGCACCCCCACCCUCUACCUGGACUUCAAGCUGGACCCUGGGGCUUCAGUGAGCCAACCCCUCCCCUCCGGGUGGACAGCCUUUGCGUAUAUCCUGUCUGGUCAGGCGAUCUUUGGUGGGUCGGAGGGAUUGCCUCAUCACACCCUGGUUCUUGGCGCGGAAGGAGACAGAAUUGAUGUUGAAAACAAGGGCUCUGAAACUUGUCACUUUGUGCUGAUCGGAGGCAGGCCUCUCAACGAGCCCAUCGUGCAACACGGGCCGUUCGUCAUGAACACCGAGGACCAGAUCCAGCAGGCCAAGGCAGACUACUUCCACGAGAGACAUGGGUUUGAGGGAGCACGGAGCUGGAACUCAUUUGUUGCGGAAGAAGACCCAAUUACGUACUGAUGACAAGUACUAACUAGCUCGAGAUGGGCUGUCCUUAUCGCUAAAUAUUAACCAGCAAAUCUGACACUGAACAUUGAACCAUGACGUUUUUAACAUCAGGACAAUUCUCACAGUGUUCUUGGAUACUUUUUGUCUUAAGGUUUUUGCACAUUGCCUGAUACAUAACUAAAAGGCUAUGAGUGAGUGAGUGAGUGUGGUUUUACGCCGAUUUUAGCAAUAUUCCAGCAAUAUCACGGCGGGUGACACAAGAAAGGGGCUUCACACAUUGUACCCAUGUCGGGAAUCGAACCCGGGUUUUCGGCGUGACGAGCGAACACUUUAACCACUAGGUUACCCGACCUCCCUAAAAGGCUAUGAAUGAUCGGAUGUAAAUAUAUAUGGAAUAAAAGUAAAUUUGCAAAUAUAUAUAUUAGGCUUCUAAAAUGUUACUUUCAAAGAAACAUUACAUUUUUUAGCAAAACAAAUUCUACAUUGUUGUUUAUUUGUAGAAAUUAUUAUUGUAAUUAUUAUGUAGAGCAUGUGUGUACGUGUGUAACAUAAUCAGAACACUAGUGCGCGUGAAGUGAUAUUUGCACUCGUUCUAAUACGAUUCUUUUGAACAGUUACUGUGUUAUUUCGAGGUGGUGAGGUGAAAUUGGGUUUAACGUCGUGUCCAAGAUUGUUGCACUUAUAUAGCGACGUGCAUGUCAGUGUGGCUGCUUGUACUAGUCCGGACUGAUGCCGAUUUAUAGUGCUAGCUCACUGAGAUACCAUGCCGCACAGUAAACUGACUCAACAAUGUUUGUUCCACGAUUGUAGGAUUGUAGUACCCGCACGACGAUCCCUUUAAGCACCCGUGACACAUGCAUGUAUAUAGAGAGAGUAGGAAGGCAGACAGUUUCGUUACUUUAAUCAAAACUUCGGAUUUCUCUGAUUCGAUUCAGACUGUGACAUUGCCUUCAUGCAAAGUCUUUAACAUGGGAGUUUCAAUAGUCAAUGCUUUUCGAACGAGACAGCUGAACAAUUUGUCCGACCAAAAAUAAUCAAAUCUUGACGACUAAAAUGUGAUAAUUUUAUUUUGAAAUGAAUUGUUAACCAGGCUUUUUAUACGUGAUGGACCUUACAUUGUCGGUGAAAACACAAUAGAACCAUAUCAGGUAUCAUCAGACUGAUAUUACAACUGUUAAUUUUGAUUUAAUCUUUCCUUGAUAUGUUUGGACCUUUGAUCUGAAUGUGAAUAUGUAUGCUAAUAAAUUAUUUUUGUUAUA